UAGUUAGAUUUGAUCCUGGAUUUUUGGCGUCAUGUAAUGUUGUCGAGGUUUGGAGGGCUGUUAGCUUUGCUACAACACAGGCAAAGUUUGAUCUCGUUAUCGUUCAUGUAAGUUAACGUUACAGUUCGCACCACCACGUGUGAACUAAUAAAUUCUUCUCGCGAUGGGGACCGCAGUGGGAUAUGCACUGAGAAAACUUUUUGUUUAUCUAUCAGCUGUUGCCAUGAUAUUAUUUGCGCUCGCGCAGAUGACUCUUUUGAAACUAUUGUCAUUCGUUUCCCCGGGACUGAUGAAGAAAAUCCAUCUUAAAAUGGGAGAGAAGUUUACGAUGACCCAAAAUCCCAAAUUCAAAUACGAAGACUGGGGUCCGAGUUUCUUUUCUCUGGCGUUCAUUAAAACCGUGCUCUCCGUGAAUUGGUGCUCGCUGGGCCUGGAAGCGUUUGAGGGCCACGCGGCUCCAGACACAGCUGUAUUCACCCUGGACGGACAGAAGUCGAGCAUUCAUCGUUUUCUUAAAGGGAACCGUCCACUGGUUCUGAGUUUCGGAAGCUGCACAUGACCUCCAUUUCUCUACAAGCUUGAUGAGUUCAAACAACUUGUCAAGGACUUCAGUGAUGUGGCAGAUUUCCUCGUGGUUUACCUUGCAGAGGCGCAUGCGACUGAUGCUUGGGGCUUUGCAAACAAUGUCGACAUCAGAGUCCACAAAACUUUGGAGGAGAGACUGGCUGCAGCUCGGACCCUGGUCAAAGAAGAUCCCCUCUGCCCUGUGGUAGUGGAUGAGAUGACCAACAUCACUGCCAGCAAAUACGGAGCCCUGCCUGAGCGCCUCUAUGUCAUUCAGACUGGGAAAGUUUUCUAUCAGGGUGGCAUCGGACCUUGGGGGUACAACCCUGAAGAGGUUCGAAAAGUUCUGGAGAAAAUUAAAUAGAGAGAAAAAUACAUAUAAGUGUUCUAUUCAUGGUUGCAUUUAUAUAUUUGCACUUUUCUGAAAUUCUAGAGCCUGAACAAAUUUUAUGAGUCCUUGUGUUUGCUUGUGACAGAUACAGAUGAAACCAGCUGGUCUCUGUACCUCGAUGUUUUAAACACAAGGGGAUGUAAAAUAAGUAGGUGACAGUAUCUUUAGCAUACAUUUUGUAAUGGAAUAUAUAUGUACAUUUUUUAAUAAACAUUUUAUAUAUAUUUUUUAACUUCAAUGUAAAUGCAUAAUUAUCAUACAGUACCAGUGUUGUAUUCAAAGACCGUAUAAAUAUCCAUCAGCAGAGAUUGUGAAGGGCAUCUGUGCUUUUAAGAUUUCUUUCUGAACUUGUGACUAAAUGAUGUUACUAGGGUAAAACUAUGUGAACUGUAAACUGAUAAUUCUGUCAUUUGUUGAGCACAGAUUUCACUAAAUAUACAGAGUUUUCAACAACUAUUCAAAUAAACAAUAAUAUUUAUCAUA